CGAAUAAAUUUGUUUGCAAUCAUUUUGAAUUCAGCAACAAGAAUAUUUUCCCUACUAAGCGCUGAAAAAGACGAGAGACCGAGAAUUGGCUUCCUGUUACGCAAAUUAAAAUGGCCACCAAAUCGAGAGAAGAACUUGUCGCUAAAGCCAAGAUUGCCGAACAGGCUGAAAGGUACGAUGACAUGGCCGACGCUAUGAAGCAAGUGACUGUGAAUCUGGGUCUUACUGAAUUGCUGAGUACCGAUGAGAGGAAUUUGCUCUCUGUAGCAUACAAGAAUGUCGUUGGAUCUAGACGAGCAUCGUGGAGGGUGAUUAGCAGCAUUGAAGGAAAAAAUCAUAACGACGAGAGAAAGAAAGAACUUGCCAAAGAAUACCGUGAAACAAUCGAAAAGGAGCUGAAUAAAAUCUGCACAGAAGUCUUGGAGCUCUUAGACGAGUAUCUUAUCCCCAACUCGGAAACGGAAAAGAAAAAGGACCCCGAAGUUACACCCGACAGUCAGCAAUCGCCCAAAGGUCUUGAAAGUCUGGUCUUCUAUUUGAAAAUGAAGGGAGAUUAUUACCGAUACCUAGCUGAAGUGAAGAGCGAAGGAGAGGGAGAAGAAAUCACGACGAAAUCCGAAAAAGCUUACGAUAAAGCUUAUGAAGAAUCUAAAAUUUUGCUGCCUACUCACCCUAUCAGACUCGGACUGGCCCUCAAUUUCUCAGUCUUCUACUACGAGAUAAAGAACAAACCCGAGAAAGCGUGUGAACUUGCUAAAAAGGCGUUUGAUGACGCAAUUGCCGAACUAGAUCAAUUGAAAGAAGAAAGCUACAAGGACUCAACACUGAUAAUGCAAUUGCUUCGGGACAACUUGACUCUAUGGACCUCGGAUAAUACCAAUGACGAGGAACAGGAGCAACAGUAGUGAACUGGCCUUAGAAGGCUGAAUAUCUUGCUUGCAUAAAUUUUGUUUUGUUUUUUUAAUUGAAUGUGAUAAAGUUCCCUGAUUUUUUUCCAUGUUCCACAGCUUGGUGCAUUCAAUGUCCACUUGAUUGUACUAUGUACUCAAGUAGCAAACUGAAUAUUGAUUAUUUAUAUCCAACUAAUCUUCGGGGCGAUUGCUUCGUAUCUCGAAUAGAAUUUUUGUUACUGUC